AUGUACAGUGUGGAGGACUUACUGAUCUCUCAUGGAUACAAACUGCCCAGAGGCGGCCCUGCUUCUUCCUCUUCCUCUGCGCCUUAUGACAAUCGGAACGACUGUCGGCGUGACAACGUAGAAAACCGACCCUCUGGCGGCGGCGGCGGCGGGGGAGGGGGUGGGGGCGGAGCCCUGAAUGGUUUUGGAACAGCAGAGGGAGGGGCAGAUUCCCGAACAGAACCGGCGACGGGGCCUUACAGGCCGGCGCAGAUGGCAAAAGCGCAUCCUGAAAACAACAACAACGUUACCGAGGGACAUGAGCGGAUCCAGAGGAGGCUGGAAGUUCCUGUUGGUUUCCUUGGUGACCUGCAGCCUCUGGGAGACUCACUUGCUACUGACAGUGGGUUUUAUGAUGCCCCCAGCUUGACAUUUUCUGAACACACAGAAGAACGAGACAUCUCCUACUGGAGAAGGAGAGGGCAGGACUUCAGCGCCCUGUUGGAUUUCGCUGACCCCCGGGAGCUGCGGGUGUCUGGAGGUCCGUGGAGAGGCCCAGUGCUGGCUGCGGAGGAGCUGCGUACUGAGAGGCCAUUGGCACGAUGGGAGGAAGGCCCGUGGCUAAGGGAGCCCAUCGACUCGGGCCCAGAGACUCUGCGGGUGACUGGCGAGAGGAAGUGCCAGAGCCUGGGCACGGAGGAGUGGCGUCCUGCAGUGGGUCUUGGCAGGCAGCUUUCUGACGGAGAGGCUGAGCGCUGGUCUCAGGAACAGCAACACCGUUUGCGGCCUGUGGAGAGCAGCGUUCCUGCCGCUGUCAGGAUGAAGUCUCAGUCCCUGCCCCGCGUUCUCUCCCCAGAAGAUCCGCAGUAUGGAGAACUUCCCCAGACAGGUGCCACAAGCCAGGUCCCUGCUCAGAGAACCAGCAGCUCUGUGCCAUAUGGUCGCUAUCAUAGCGACUGGCCAAUAGGAGAACGGUGGAGUGGACAGACUCAAGGUCAAGGUUCUGUUGCACUUGUGCCAAAGCCACGGUUCAGUCGCCCUGUAAAGCCCCCAUCUUAUGAGACUCACCAGCAGAACAGGGGGAGCUGGGAAACACUUUCAUCCGAACCAGUGUCCAAACCCAGAGACCGUUCUGUUUGCUAUUCUCAGAGCUUUGAACCACUAAGGGACAGGUCUGGGUGCUAUUCUCAGAGUGCAGAGCCCUUAAGAGAUCGGUCCAUUUGCUUUUCACAGAGCGCAGAGCCACUCAGAGACCGCCUGGUGAGCCACUCUCAAAGUGCCGAACCACUACGGGAUCGAUUCAUCAGUCAUUCACAAAGUGCAGACCUGAUAAGGGACCGCUUCAUGAGCCAUUCUCACAGUGCGGACCUGUUAAGGGACAGAUCGCUUUGUUAUUCUCAGAGCUCUGAACUACUCAGAGACAGGUCAAUCUGUUAUUCACAGAGUGCAGAGCUACUGAGACCAGAGGCAUUUCGGGCAGAUCUGUUUUAUCAGGAAUUGACUGGUAUGGAGCCCCCUGGUUAUAUCCCACCCCCCUCUUACAGGAGGUUUGCGCCUCCGAGGAGUGGACAGAUUUACCGCGCUGACUCUGCUCUUGUCCGGUGGAAACGAGAACCCGUAAGUGCUGAGAUGGGUGAGUGGUUUUCCAGAACAGCAGGAAUGUCGUGGUCUGAACGCCGAGAGGACAGGAGCAUGGUAGUAGUCCCCAGAAGGCCAGUACACCCUGGGCCUUCCAUAGUACCAAAUCGGCAAGGGCAUGUGCAGUAUGUUCCGUUUGAUGACCCACGCAUCAGGCACAUCUCAGGGGGGCCCAGCGGAAACUCGCUUACAGACGCGGACAAAAUCCGACAUGUCAACAAAGAGCUUCCCGGUGCUUCAGCUUUAGGACAAUCCACACAUGAUAGUGCCUUUCUCCCUGCCCAGGGGCCGAGCACGGACACUCACAAACCAGCUCUCAGUGAACACGAGAACGUUAGCCGUUGGAACAGGGGGUUGAGCAAAGGCAGUGAAAGUGUAGCACCAGACCAGAGCUUCUCCAAGUACCCUGCAACCUUUCAGACUAGACCCCCACAAGCCGUGGUCAAAGCUGACAGGAGUACAGACCAGCAGGUUAGGGGAGACAGAGUUCCAGACCAAGGUCAAGUAAAGGUGGAGAGAGUUACGGAACAGGUCAAAGUGGACAGAGCAGCAGAACAGAUCAAAGUAGACAAAAUCACAGAACAAGUGAAAGCAGACAGAGUUGUUACAGACCAAGUCAAAGUGGAAAGAGUUGCAGAAAUUAAGCCAGACAAAUUUACAGACAAGCAGAUUAAAACAGAAAGAAUGCCAGACCAAACAAAGAUAGAAAUAAUUCCUGAUCAGGUUAAAGCAGAUAGAUAUUCUGAAAAACAAAUUAAAAUUGAUACCAAACCAGAGAAAACUCCAGACAAGGCAGUAAAGGUUGACAGAAUUCUAGACAAGUCCAGUAAAGCAGAGAGGGUUCCAGAAAAGCAAGUGAAAAUAGAUAGAAUUCCAGAUAAGCUCAAGACAGACAAAAUGACAGAAAAGCUAAAUAAAUCAGAUAAAUUAACUGAGAAGCUGAUUAAAUCAGAGAAGCAAACAAAAGCAGAUAUAAGUGUAGACCAGAUAAAAGUGGACAAAGUCAUUGACAAACAAAUGAAAGCAGACAAAUCCAUGGACAAAGGUUCUUCAGAGAGCGUUUCCACAGCAAAAACAGAACCAGCCCAGGAGCCAGAAAAAAAGAGUGUGAAAAAGAAAUUAAGUGAGACAAUUUUUUGCCUGGUGUCUGUCCCUCUUUCACAGUCUAGUGGAAAGUCCAGAGAUCAAAACAACAAUGAAGAGAAAGAACCCAAAUCCCCGCCUAUCCCUCCUCCUCCUCCACCAAGUUCCUCCAGCGAGAACAGCAACACCCUCGGCUCCCUGCCAAACCAAAGCCUCAAAAGCACAUCCACCACCUCUACCGACUUAGAACUACAAGCACUCACACUAGGCAGUGCAUCCAGUAGCAUAAUCACAAGAAGAGCGCACCGAAGGAGGAACUCUCGGACUAAGAUCAUCAAGCCAAAUCCCCACGAUGAGCUGAGACGAUAUUCUGGUGCAUGGCCAGGGGACCAGUAUCGUGACCAGGAAACCCAAACUAGCCCUGAACUAGCAAAGAGCGCUCAACAUCCGGGUCCUGAUAGAAAGGAAGCACAACCCCUGCCUGCUGUCCCAGAAGCAGAAGUCCCCAUGGAAAGUGGUUCAGGAGCUCCAGGUGCUGCAGUAGCUACAGGAUCUACAGGAUCAGCAGGGAGCACAGGAGCAACCACAGGCCCAGGAGCUACGGGAACUUCAGGAGCUGUAGGAAGUACAGUUCUUUCUGGUGCUUCAGGAGCUACAGGGACUAUGGGGGCUCCAGUGGCUCCAGGAGCUACAGGGGCUCCUGGGGCCCCUGGAACUUCAGACCCCAGUACUCCCUAUGGGUAUCCCAUGAAAGGUCAGAAAAGCCUGAAACCAUCAAGCAACAGCGCCUUUUCAAGGACAGGUACCUUCAAGAGCACAGGUUCUCACAGACCUCCACUACACCCUCCUCCACACCCUCCACCCCCACCUCCAAACCAACCACCUUCCCAACCUCCACCUCCACCCCCAACACAGCCCCCAACCAAAUCAUCCCCUUCAGACCAGGCUGAAGAUUCAAAGUUAGACCUUGGCCCUAAUCCAGAAGCCUUUGGUCAAUUCCUGCUGAAGCCAGUGAGCCGAAGGUCUUGGGAUGCCAUUGAAGAGCUUGAGUCCAUUAACAAGGAAUUGCAAGAGCAAGCAGGUAAGCGUCCUAGUGUGGACCAGUGCAUCGAAGAUCUUAAUGAGGCCUACAAAGACAUCUUGGAGCUCAGCACUGCCAGCAAUAACCUCCCCAACCUUGCCAAUCGCUCUUCCAUGCAAAUCCCUGACCGCAUCAAAGCUAGACUGUCCACUGAUUCCCUGGUGAUGCCUGCAACUACACUUCGGCCCAGCCUGAUGCCAGGGAGUGACCCAGAAUACAGGGAGGUUAAGAGUGCCUUUUCCCGACCAUCAACUGGGAAAAGUGUUAGCUUUAGCAAACAGCUAAGGGAAGAGAUUUGUCCUGCACCUCCUCCACCAGAAGCAGGUUUCAGAGAUUACAAAACAGUAAUGUCCCAGAUAACUCAGCGUAAGGCCUGCAGAUCAGUGAAACUGGACCUUCUAGCCUCAAAGGAAGCCCUAGUCAAAGAUGACAGUUUGAUUGCACAAACCUCCUCCACUUCGUCCAUGUCAGCUGAAAUCCCAUGGGCAGAGAGGCAGCCUAUGCAGGAUGCCUCCACCUUAACCAGCCCCCCAGACUAUGAGCACAUUUGUCAAACGCUCCAAAUGGCCCGUGAUUCUGGAGCUAUCAGCCGAGGGGCUUCUGUAAAAUCCAAACCAGGUAGUGCCAUGAGCAUUGACACCCCACAGCAUAUGGCUGUUCCUGGCACAUCCACAGUAGAUCUGGAGCGUCCCUGCUGCUCCUUAGCAUUAGAUAAUGAGAAACAGGUGAGACAGGAGCCAAUUUCUUUAUUCAGGGAAGAGAGGAGAGAGGGCUUUAGGAGGGUAACAAGCCAGAAUAACAAAUUCCUUGGUAACAGGGGUGUGUUGUGUAGCAUUGCGACUGGAAAACCAGUAGGGGACAAAGCAGGUUUAGAAGUAAACCCUGAAGUGCCAGCUGAUUGGCAGAUGCAGCUGUCUUUGGCUGAAAAGCAUAUUGCUACGCUUAUCACAGGAGAAGGGUCCAAACAUGGGUCAGCUGAGGCCCUAGAUGAAAUGAAUAAGAUGCCAGAAGGUACUCCUGCCAAUGAGUUAGAAGAAGACCAGGCAAGCAAGACACUGCAAGAAGACAACGUUAUUACUGGUGAGCAAAGUGGUAUGCAAGUAGAGAAGCAAGAGGACGAGGCAGCAAAAGAGGCUGAUAGUCAUUUGCCUGUAGAAGUAGUGACCGAUAGUGAGGUUGCAAAGGAAAAAAACACAGGAACCACUAGAAAAGGUCCAACAAGAAGAACCUGUACCUGGAGGUGCAGAAGUGCAGGAGCAAUCAGUGAGGACCAGAAAACCCAUGAGGCUAAGAAGGAAAUGAAUGUGACGUUAAGAUCAAACAAGGCUGCAAUGUGGACCCAUUCAGGUCUGGAUCCAGGGCUGCUGCCAGAAUUUCCACCUGAUCACCUCCCCCUGUCUGUGUUAGCAUAUCCAAAUCGUAGAUUAUCAUUGGGGCUUGAUUGCGAGUGGGCUGGAUGGGAAGGAGAUAGGCUUAACCAUGGGGGAGGCUGGGCAAGAGAGAGGCGGUCACUCGAUGCUGAGGGGCAGGACUGCGCUGAGAGAUGGGGUUUAGAUGGUGACAGGCAACAACCCAGCGGCGAAAAGAGGGGCCUUGGUGGUUGGCGUGGGUGUGGGAUUGAUGGGCAGGGUGCCGAUGACUCAGAUUGGGAUUUGGACGUUGAUACGCAAGAUUGUGAUAAAGGACACUGUGUGGAUGUAAAAAGAUGGACUCUUAAGCAAGAACGAGAUCAAAGUGAAGAUCGAAGUAGUAGUGCUUCGAUUAGGGAUUUAGGGGAGGACAAGCAAAACACUGAAGGUGACAGACAGAUUCAAGGUACUGAAGGGAGUCCAGUUGAUAAGGACUUACAGGGCUCAGGUUUGGGAAGGCGGGGCCGUGGACUUUCCCAGCGAAUCGAGGCUCUCCACGAUCGUUUUAUGGCCCCGCCCGGACAUGGCUCUGAGGAGAGGCUUGCCCGUAUGAGGGAGGUGGACACUGUCUCACGCAUGAGACGCCUUAGCCUCCGUAGCACAGACUCAUGGGAUGGACUGUAUGGGGUGAGCUUUGUUUCUAGAGCCGAAGAGGUGAGAAGGGAUGCUGGACAGUCCCUGCCUUCCUCUCAAGAACUUCCAAACACAUCAGAAAGAGUGGAGAAUGAACGCAGAGCGUCCUGUAAAGACAGCAACGAGCCUGGUGAAACGCAAGAGGACCAGCCAAUGCAAACAGAGUCGCAGGAGCCCAGCCAGGUGGAGAGGUCAUAG